GAUGCUGCCGGAGGAUCCAGCCCGAACUACCGAAAUGAACCACACUGCGAUUUAGACCGGGAUCAGCACGAGAGAGAAAAAAGAAAGAAGGGAGAAAUCUAAAAAAAAAACUCUCAUCAUCAACUGCUUCAUUUUGAACUUGAUAUCGGAGUAUGGGAGUCGUCGGCACGGUUGCAGCUCUACACUGGCUUUAGAAGUUGGACAGCCGGAAAUUUGAAUGCCAUGACUCUUGACUUUGGACAAGAUAUCCAGCGCAGUGCAGAAGGCGUGCAGUAUUUUAGAAACCAAAAGGUGGACUUCUCCUUUUGUGCAGAUUAUGUGUCUUCUGAGGGUGUUAUCUGAUCAACAUGUGGCACCUAAAGAAUAGGCACCUUUAGUCUUUCUGAGGCAUGGAGCAUUAACCUAUCGAUCCCCGAAGAACCCAUGGGUACUACUUAUUAUUCACAGUAAUGGAAUGAAGACACUAUCUUGAUAUGAUGGAUGAAAGAUCCAGUAAGCUCAUCUUGGUCCCUAUUUUAGCUGUGCUUUUUGUUAUGAUAGGUUACCAGUACAUAUGUCCCGCUGGCAGCAAUUCAUGCCACUUUAAGGCUGAGGAGAAAUUAAGGGGGGUAAGCCUACUUUCCAUCCCGUACCAGGACAGCGAUGAUUUCUACAGAGAUCAAGACCUGGAGGAUGACAGCCCUCCUAAACUACCGUCGAAAUUCAACUUCACAGAAAGAGACCUUGACAGACACGUGGAGUUCAAUAUCAAAGGGGACGACGUGAUAGUGUUUUUGCACAUCCAGAAGACCGGAGGAACCACUUUCGGGCGGCACUUGGUGAGGAAUAUUCGCUUGGAGCAGCCGUGCGACUGCAAACCAGGUCAGAAGAAAUGCACAUGUCACCGACCAGGCAAAGAGGAGUCCUGGCUCUUCUCCCGGUUCUCUACAGGCUGGAGCUGCGGACUGCAUGCAGACUGGACCGAGCUAACGAACUGUGUGCCUGUCAUUAUGGAUAAGAAGGAGGCCCAGAGGAAUAAAAGGAACUUCUACUACAUCACCAUGCUGCGAGACCCAGUCUCCCGCUACCUGAGCGAGUGGAAGCACGUCCAGCGUGGAGCCACGUGGAAGACUGCCCUCCAUAUGUGUGACGGACGCUCGCCUACCCAGGACGAGCUGCCCAACUGCUACAUUGGGGAUGACUGGUCCGGUGUCACCCUGAUAGAGUUCAUGAACUGCCCGUCCAACCUGGCCAAUAACCGGCAGGUCCGCAUGCUGGCUGACCUGAGCCUGGUGGGCUGCUACAACCUGUCCUCUAUGAACGAGAGCCAGCGUAACCACAUCCUUUUGAGCAGCGCCAUGAGCAACCUGAAGAACAUGGCUUUCUACGGCCUGACUGAGUUCCAACGCAAGACGCAGUACCUGUUUGAGCGGACGUUCAGCCUGCGCUUCAUCUCCGCUUUCACGCAGAUCAACAGCACGCGAGCCGCCAACAUAGACCUGAGCGAGCUCGUGCGCAGACGCAUCGAGGAGCUCAACUAUUUGGAUGUGCAGUUGUACGAGUACGCGAAGGACCUGUUCCUUCAGCGUUUCCAGUUCACCCGCCAGAGGGAGCACCAGGAAGUGCGCUUGAAGAGGCGCGAGGAGAGGCGUUGGCUGAGGGAGCAAAAAGAGCAGGGCAGGCCAUGGCUGCCCAAACACAGAGGGGGAGGAAAUGAAGGUGGGAGAAAGGGAGGAGGGUUGGAGAAAGAGACUGACGGUGACUUCCCCACCACCACGGAGGACUACACAAGCCAAGUGGCCCGUUGGUGAGGCUUUUGGUCUUAAGAGAGAGGAGCAAGAGAGAGAUUCCCCACGGACUUGUUUAAACCUUUGACUCUCUCUUGCACAUCCUGUGUCUCUCUCUUUUUGUCUCAUCAUUAAUCUGUCUGCAUCCAUCUGUUUCUCAGCUUCAGUGUGAUCCAAGUGCUCUGCUGUUUCUUUACGAAAACUGCCAAGUCUGUAGGUCUCACAGCAGCUCUGCCUUGGAGUGCCCUUUGGUGUCUUAAAUCUUUAAAUGCUGUUUAUACAUUUUUUUUUUGUCAUUUGAUUUUCGCCUUAGUUUCUUAUCAUGUGUUGAACAAGACAUUGAACUGAGGUGAAAGAAAUAAAAGAACAAUCAAAGGAAGCUGCUAUAGACUGCGUUGCUUUUAAUUUUGACAAAAUUAUGACUGUCUUGAAGUAUUUGUUGCAACUGGUACAAGACAUAUUCCACUUGAAAGAUGUAGUUGUAGAAGAAGUGAUGGUUGCAUGUCACAUGUCCACAUUAUACUGACAAUUGGGGAGAGUGAUUUCCAAAGGAUAUACAGUACUGUGAGCCAAAGUAAAUACAGAACACAAUGUAUUUAUUGUAUUUUUCUUUAAUGAUGAAUGAAACCCUCUCUUACCAUGUUGUAUGCAUGCAAUACCCAUGUUUUAAAACUAAUUAUAGAAGAAUAUAUCUGAUGGUUAUAUUUUGGUUACAGUCCAAUAUACUUUAUUUUCUCAAGUGCAAUACUUUGCAGACUUUACCACGUCUCCCGGAGAUCACAUGUACACACAAAGCCAAUCACAGAGUCAUAAAGAAGGGCAUCAUGCUAAGCAAAAUAACGUCAGUCUUUCCCCGUACUUUGGGUAGAACAUUUAGUUUUUUUACAUGAGAAAUGUUCUCUGUGAUGAGAAAAGCAUAUUCUGUGAAUAAUUAAUUUUUGAAGUAGUGGGUUGCAGAGAUAAAAAAAAAAAAAGUUGGUAAAUAGUACAGGUGAUGAAAUGUGUCAGUGUGUGUGAUCGGACUGUGAAUGAGAUGAUCAGCAUUCAGCUCUCACGCCCCUCCCCGUCACACUGGCUGCUUUUACAUGUUUGUAGAGCUGACGGCAACUGCACUGUGGGCAGCGAGAGCGCUUUAAUGCCAGCAGAGCGUCAGCCCACAAAGACCAGCCUCACAGCAGAGAGUCAAGAAAUAAAACAUGUCUGUUAUUUCUUCUGCCCGAUAGUUUCCAGUACCUCAAAUCCAAUCAGUGAGCCAAUAUGUGAGGAUGAAAGAGGGCUUGCUUUUAUCUGCUUAAAUAGGCUUCAGUGAUGCUUUUUAUGCCUCUUAUCUCAUAUUCACUCAAAAAUGAAAUGCUCACUAAAUGUCAACAUUGAAGUGGUACGGCUGCUGUUAUUUUAACAGUAAUAUUUUUUAUGUUUUUUCUCUGAUUGCAGUUACUUAUAAAAUACCUCAAAUGGCAUAGUUUUGUUUCAUUUUAAAGAAUCACCUGUGUUACGUGUUGUUUGGAGUGAUUCAUCCAGCUUGUACGGUGAAUGUGUUGAAUGAAUACAGGUUUGAGCUGUUGAGGAGUUGUAUGGGAGCACUUCUAUGUACGGAUGCACUUACUUCAGUGAGUGUGUGGCUGAAUGGAAAAUAACAAAGACUAGGUGUAUAGCACAUUGAUAACACUCGACCGAGGGUUGCAAGUGGAGCUACAGCUCUGAAUAUUGAAUCAUUCUGUAUAGAAUUUAUUAUUGAAUUCAUGAACUUUGUGUUGUAGCAGUGAAAAAAGAUGUACGACAUAAAAGUGUUUCAUGUCAAAUGUUUGAUAAAGGGUCAUUUUAGAUAUUUUCUUUGCAUCCAUGCUACUUAAUACCCUUUAACCUCCACUAUAUUUAUUUGAAAGCUAAGGUUACAUUACAUUCAACAUAAAAAAUGUUGCUUGUAUGUUGAUGUAUCAUUAACAAUAAUCCAAUGAUAUAGUAUACAUUUUAUAUAUUCUGCUUAAUGUUUAAUUAUCCUAUAUAACUUUCAAUAUUUAUGACUAAAUAAACAAAAAUCAAAGUUUGGGAGGAAAAACAGUUUUGUGUAUCUGUAUAAAGAAUUUAACCAAAAACUCUAAUGUGCUUCAUCAGGACUGUGUGGGUGUGGUUUGAUCAGAUUUAAGUUAAAGAAGCAAUACCUCAAUGUAAAAAUACUCCAAUUAACUACUUAAAUAAAAUAAAUAGAAUAAUUUCUUCACGUAGAACCCCAUCACUCAUAGAAAAUAGGUUUUAGGGGUAAGAUGUGGAUGCAGGAUAAUUACUUUAAUUAGAUAUUUCUAAAUAGGCCUUUUUCAGUAAAGGCAUUUUGUCACACUAGGAUAAGCACAGGUGUAAAUAAUAAAAUCAAUUAUUCUAUUUAGCUACUUUAGUUUCAAGGUCCUGGUUUUGUCAUUGUUUUCUUUAAUAAUAUCAGUAACACUUGUGCUUUUUCUACUAUAACAAGUCAACAUGUCUGCUGUGGAAAAGACCUAUAUGGAUAUCGUCUUUUACUUAGAUAAAGAAUCUGAAGAGAAUCUGAGUACGAAAGAAUGUAUGCAAUAACUGUUAAUUCUGCAGCUAUUCAUUUAAAAUGGUAAUUUCCAAAACUGUCUUAAUAAACUAACACUGCUGUGUGACAAGCUGUAAGAAUUACAAUGUUCCCCGGUGACAGAUGGCAUGAGCUCUGCAUGAGCAGUAGAAGUGCCGUAUAGCUAAUAAUGAAACACUACUCAUGUUGUAAAUGUGCUAUAUACCCAAGUGUGUGUGUGUGUGAGUGUGUGUGUGUGUGUGUGUGUGUGUGUGUGUGUGUGUGUGUCAGCUGACGCGGAGGUUUGCCUAGGUGUGUCUAUUAUCGUGCGUCUGUUUUUUAAUGUUAUCAUUAACACCUGUGUCGUGCUGCCUUAAAGCCUUCUGAUCACUUGUCACUAGAGAUUCACUUGAGAAGCAGAGAGCAGAGGACUGAAAAGUACUGAACUAAAAGUUCAACAUGUAAAUAACAUAUGUGUGUAUGUGUAAUAAAGCUAGAUAAAGAUCAGAGAAGAAGAAAUUAUACUCCGCACAUAUCAAUCCGCUUUGCGUUCCCAUCUGCAAAAAAAUAAUUGUUGCCAUGGAGAUGGAAACUGCCGCGUGACUCCUGGGUCCGUUCAGUUAACAGAGAUUAAGCAGAGCGCCACCAUUCAAACGUUACUUUAUUACCCAAAGAGCGUAAUUCCUAUUUCUACAAGUUUACAUCGUGAGAGAGAGAGAGUGGUUGCUGUAAAAUAUGUGUUCAUAGUGUCAAAAAUGUGGGAAAUAUAGCCAGUUUUUCUGUUUUGCUUCUGGAAUAUCUGGUCUCAGUUAACAUUGCAGUCAACGGGGCAGUAGGAUGGCACUCCCGUCACUUUGAGUCUCAUAGCGCAAAACGUGUAAGUAUGUUUGCUUAGAUAGUUACAUUGUUUUUACGCCAUGUUUUUGUCAUUUACGUUACAAACUACACACAAAGUGAAGCAAAGCAACAUACCAGUAACGUAACCAUUUCUCCGCGUUAUCAUCGUACAUUUAAUGUCCAUAACGUCACCCUGCCAUGAGAAUGAAAGACCAUCAGGAGGUCUGCUGAGGGCCUUUUCAAACUAAACUUGCUUUAUCAACAAAAACAGCUCCUCAUUUACAGUUAGCAAGGCUCUGCUACCUUUCAUAAUAGGCUACCAAAGAAAUUGAAAAAAUAAAAUCAUGCUAUAUAAAUGCACAAUUAUGAUCUUCAUGAUUGAAGCUCUUGAAGCUAUAUCAAUUAAUAUUCAACCAGAAUUUUGUUUUUUUUGCUAAUUUUAGACAGGCACAUAAUUACUCAUUACUUUGAAUAAAAGGCAGUAGGCCUUGUGGUGUAUUGGUGGAGAAAUUAUAUUAAAACAGCAUAAGCCACUUUCACUAAAGGUUCCAAUUACAGCAAGUUUAAGACUAGAUCCAGGUAACAUGGCUUCCACGUGGGUUUAUAUCUAUGUGUCACCCACUUUACCUCGAAACAUUCCUUUCAUUAAUUUGAAUGGCGGCAACAUUUUAGAAAAAUUAGUAUGAGAGAUAAAAAUACGUUUGUAUCAAAAUUCAUUUGAUAAUGUCCUCAUUUUGAACAUAGAAAAGGACGUUUCUGCGUUGAAUGGUGUUCAUGUAGUUAGGUGCCAAACAAACAAGGAAGAACAUUGCUGUUGUCCAGCAAUCCCACCAAUUAAACUAAAGUAAUUUACUGUACAUCCAUUGCCUUAGUAUAAUCACCAACAUAUGUAGAUAGCAUACUCACAUUUAAAGGCUGAGAUUUCAUCAACUUUCUUUCUUUCUCAGUCACAGUUGUGACUCUGUACUAUGAUUGUUCUGUGUCAGCCCUCUCUGUUUAUUCCGUCAGGACACAGAAAAUAUAUAAAUCAGUUCAACUGCUAAAUAUUGUAAAAAGUGAAAACUCUAAAUUGAUGGUGUAAAUAAAGUGAUGGGGGGGGGGGCAAACAUGGAUUUUAAUUCUAGAUUUUACUAACAUUCCCAGAAAAGUGUGACAUGCUGCUAUGUUUAAGGAUAAUUUUAAUGAACUUGUACUGCCACAACAUAUCUCUGAGAAGCUGAUGUAUCUGUAUUUAUUUGUUUAUUUAUAUCAUUUCAACUGUUGCUAAAGAAUGGCUUUGCCUAAUGGAAAAUACCAGUAUUACAAACACCUCAGUGAUAAGGGAAGAGAGCUUUCUUAGUGUAAGAAUUUCUAUGUAUAUGUUAAAAGUCUUGUGAUGAAUUGAACAGUCUAAAAGCCUUAUGGCGUGUAAUAUUUAAUCUGUCAUUUUUUCAGACCUGAAAAAAUGACUGAAUUCUGCUUAAAAUAUCAGAAAUAAAUGCAUUGAAUGGCCAUGA